GACAAAAUCGGAAAAUAUUCUCAAAAGCAGUAAAUACGUGAUCUCAAGCCAUUGCCACUAGGGUUUCGGGAGAAGAUCAAAUCGGAAACUUCAAAGGAGGAGAGAUCGAUGAAGAGGCUACUUUACUUCUCCCUCUUCUCCAAAGCCGUGUCUUCCCCUCGUUUUCCUCUCUCCCACGACGCUGCCCUCCUCUUUGCCAUCUUACCUUACUCGGCCUCCGCCACUGCCGCCACUGCCGCCGCCGCCGCCGCAUCCACCACUGGGAAGCACAUGUUCAUGACCCAAUACCUCGUCGACUCAUGUGGUUUCGACCAGGAUAAGGCCACCGAGGCCUCGAAGCUUCUCAAGGGCAUUCAAUCCCGGCAGCAGCCCGACUCCGUCCUUGCUUUCCUCAAAAGUUACGGCUUCGAUGACGCAUCAGUAAAAAAGAUCCUACAUCACUCCCCCAAAUGUCUUCUUUUGGACGUAGAGAAGACACUUGCCCCAAAGUUCCGAGCUUUUGAAGAUCUUGGUUUCUCCCCAUCCGACAUCGUCCACCUCGUCCGAUCGAAUCCCGACACCACCAAAAUCAAACACGAACGCACUGUGCCUAGGAUCGAAUUUUGGCAAGGCCUUCUCGGAUCCAGGGAUGCGCUGGUGAAGUUGUUCAAGAGUAACAAUUGGGUUCUUGGGUACAGCAUCAAGAAGAGGAUCCAGCCCAACCUUGAGAUGCUUCGGGAAUGCGGCGUGGAUGGCCAAAAGCUCGACUUUAUCUUGCGCUUUCACCCAAUGUUCAUAUCGCAGAAAGCUGAUACCUUGAAGUCGUUGAUCAGUCGCGUGGAGGACUUGGGAGUGCCACAGACAUCCGGGAUGUUCCAUUGCACUCUGUGUGCACUGUUCGUGGUCCACCCAAAGAAAUUCAAGAUGCUAAUGGAUAUGUUCUGGAACUUUGGGUGGUCGCAGGGUGAUUUUGUUGCAGCAAUCCAAAAGGUUCCUAAUCUGCCGCGAAGGUCUUUGAAGCAUUUGCAGAGAAAAAUGGAGUUCUUGAUUAAUGAAGCUGGAUAUGCUUCUUCUUACAUCGCUGCACGUCCAGUACUAUUGACACUGAGCUUGGAGAGAAGGUUGAUUCCCAGACAUCGGAUCUUAGCAACCUUGAACUCUAGGGGGCACUGUGAAAGGAAUUACAAAGUGGCAACAUACAUGGUGGUUUCCGACGCCAAAUUCAUAGAGAAGUACAUCAUCGUCUAUAAGGACAGGUAUCCAGAUCUGAGUGAACUCUAUGCAAGCUUAAAGCACACAAUGGCUUCUGAUUAGGGACUUCAAUGAGGUAAAUCAGUUUUCCCCCUGCAAGUUAUGGUUCAUGCACUGUAUGACUUCUUUGUCAAACUCUAAAGCUAACAUUUAUGCCAACAAGCAUGAAUAUAAGAAUUUGAACAAUCAUGAUCUUGUUUUGCAUGUCAAUAUGCAUGAAGAUAAGAACAAUUUGCAGGAUUAUGAUCUUGAUUUUGCAUAUCAAUUGAGCUAAAAGAUCACUGAUUUGUCGCAUAUUAUGUUAGAUAAUUGUUAUUCUUGUAUUCAUGCAGCCCUUUAUGAACAUACAGAAAUUUUUCCUUGUUUGAGUAUUAGUUACCUAAUAUAUUUUUUAUAAAA